ACUCGAUUAUCUUCAUUACUCUUGUAACUCUCUCUCUCUCUCUCUCUCUCUCUCUCUCUCUUUCAGAAAUAUCUCACGCAAAGGUCGAAGAGGAUUUGUUGGGUAGCUCGAACCAGAGAACUUUGGUCUCCGAUCAUGGCGACUAGAGUUUCGAUUUGCUUCUGUUUCUUUGUUUUUGCUUUGUUCGUUUCUUCGAUUAGUUUGGCAUCUGCCUCGGAAGGGGAGGGGCAGAGUGAGGAGUUCGUUGUGACACUCGACCACUCCAACUUCUCUGAAACUGUCAGCAAGCACAACUUCAUCGUUGUGGAGUUCUAUGCUCCAUGGUGUGGGCAUUGCAAGAACCUUGCUCCAGAGUAUGAGAAAGCUGCAUCAGUAUUGAGCAGCCAUGACCCUCCAGUCAUUCUUGCAAAGGUUGAUGCCAAUGAUGACACAAACAGAGAACUUGCAGCUCAGUUUGAUGUUAGGGGUUUCCCCACACUUAAGAUUCUAAGAAAUGGUGGAAAGAAUAUUCAAGAGUACAAAGGUCCUAGGGAUGCUGACGGUAUAGUUGAAUAUUUGAAGAAACAAGCUGGUCCUGCAUCUGCUGAAAUAAAAUCUGUAGAAGAAGCUGGUAAUCUAAUUGAUGAUAAAAGGAUCUUUAUUGUUGGGGUGUUCUCUGAAUUUUCUGGGGAGGAGUUUUUGAACUUUACAACAUUAGCCGAGAAAUUGCGUUCUGACUAUGAUUUUGGUCAUACCUUGGAUGCUAGACUCCUUCCAAGAGGUGAAUCAACUAUCAAUGGGCCCACAGUUAGGUUGUUCAAGCCAUUUGAUGAACUUGUUGUUGAUUUCCAGAUUUUUAAUGUGGAUGCUCUGGAGAAGUUUGUUGAAGAAGCUAGCAUGCCUAUUGUGACACUUUUCAACAAGGAUCCAAGCAACCACCCAUAUGUUAUAAAAUUCUUCAACAGUCCUGAUGCCAAGGUCAUGCUGUUUUUGAACUUCAGCACUGAUCUUGUUGAUGCAUUUAAACCAAAAUAUCAUGAUGUUGCUAAGCAUUACAAAGGAAAAGGUAUUGGCUUUCUGCUAGGUGAUGUUGAGGCCAGUGAAGGUGCUUUCCAGUAUUUUGGCCUUAAAAACGACCAGGUGCCUCUCAUUAUCAUACAGAAUAGUGAUGGCACAAAAUUCCUAAAGCCAAAUUUGGAGCCUGAUCACAUUGCACCUUGGUUGAAGGAAUACAUGGAUGGAAAAUUGAAGCCUUUCAAAAAGUCAGAACCUAUUCCUGAAGUUAACAAUGAACCUGUGAAGGUGGUUGUUGCUGACAGCUUUGACGAUAUAGUUUUCAAAUCUGGAAAAAACGUUCUGGUCGAGUUCUAUGCACCUUGGUGUGGACACUGCAAGAAACUGGCUCCAAUCUUAGAUGAAGUUGCUGUCUCAUUUCAAAGUGAUGCUGAUGUUAUCAUUGUAAAAUUAGAUGCAACUGCAAAUGACUUCCCAAAUGAAACUUUUGAUGUUAAGGGUUACCCGACUUUGUACUUCAGAUCAGCAAGUGGCAACCUGUCUCUGUAUGAUGGGGAUAGGAACAAGGAGGACAUCAUAGAUUUCAUUCAGAAGAAUAGGGAUAAAACUUCCCAGCCAGAGCCUGUUCAGCAGGAAGCCGUCCAACAGGAAACUGUUCAGCAGGAUGCGGUAAAAGACGAGCUAUGAUAGAAGGAUGAGCUUCUUGGAGAGGACUAACAGAUAAAGACCUCUCUCACGACACUAGGUAGAAUCCAGAGAGCUAGCUUUUUGCCCUCCCCCAGUCGUUUUUGUUUUUGUUUUUGUUUUUUGUUUUUUUUUUUUUUUAUAUUGAAUAAAGUGGGAGGUUUUUUCUAUUCAUGUUGUAUUUUUAGUUUUAUUUAGGAAGAAUAGACAGUUAAGACAACUUUUUUUCUACUCUCUCUCUUUCUCUCUAUAUCUCUCUCUCCUCUGUUUGCUUUAUGAUCCAUCAAGAUUACGACUCUUUUUGGCCUUUUUUUA